CUUUGUAAAUUUGUGACAAGGUUAUUUAUGUCAAUUUCUUUAUGAAGGGGGUAGAUUACAAAUUUUGGUAAUACGAAGGAUAAUUAGGAAAAGAAAGCUCUAUUUAUGCAUGCAUGUAUAUUGGUCGGCAGCUUGCUAGGGGUGUACCUUGAAAAUCGACUUUGUACUACUUCGAUCUGCGGACAACUAGCUAGCUAGCUCUUAUUCUAUACAUCAAGUCACCUUUAGCCAGCCUGCCUCAAAUUCCAUCUUGUUUCUACUUUUCUAUUUAUUCAAUAUCAAAGUAUUAAUGGCAAGCUUCAUCGUCAUCAUGUGCAUGAUCAUGUCCACAUGAGCAACAAAAAUUACGAUAAUUCAUCAUGAUCUAUGAUCAUGACUCAGAAAAAUGGUGUAGAUCGGCCCUGGUUCUACCACUUUAAGAUUAACUCAUGUUAAAGGAAUUAAUCAUAUGCUAUUUGACGGUAAACAGAAGUUGGAAGAUCAUCUAAUCAGGCAACAGUUUUGAAGGCAUGCAGAUGAUCAUGUAAAUUCAAUCGAGUUCAGUGAGAGGUUAAGUUACUUUGGAAUUGCAACCAGCUUAAUCCUUUACCUAAGCAAGGUACUUCAUCAAGAUCUUCAGACAGCAGUCAAGAGCGUGAAUUACUGGUCCGGUGUUACCACUCUGAUGCCACUGUUGGGAGGAUUCAUAGCUGAUGCUUACUUAGGCAGAUUCUCUACAGUGCUUGUGUCAACCAUCAUCUACCUUCUGGGUUUGAUUCUCCUUACGUUGUCCUGGUUCAUACCAGCCUUAAAGGCUUGCGAGACUGAUAUAUGCACCGAACCCAGGAAGGUUCACGAGGUGGUUUUUUUCCUUUCCAUUUACUUGAUCUCCAUAGGAACUGGAGGGCAUAAACCCUCUUUGGAGAGCUUAGGAGCAGACCAGUUUGAUGAUGAUCACGAUGAAGAAAGAAAGCUGAAGAUGACCUAUUUCAACUGGUGGAACUUUGCCCUUUGUGCUGGAGUUCUACUUGGUGUGACUGUGAUUGUCUAUGUGCAGGACCAUGUGAACUGGGGUGCUUCUUAUAUUAUUCUCACAGCAGUUAUGGCAGUUACACUAGCUAUCUUCACUAUAGGAAGACCAUAUUACCGUUACAGAGCAGCCACAGGUAGCCCCUUGACGCCAUUGUUCCAAGUUCUUGUCGCAGCCAUUCGCAAGAGAAAUCUUCCUUACCCUUCCAGUCCUGCUCAAUUGUACGAAAUUCCCAAGAUAGAGAAAACUCAAGGGAGGUUUCUGUGCCACACAAAGAAACUCAAAUUUCUUGACAAAGCAGCUGUUCUUGAAGACAAAGAUAAUGCGGCCGAGAAGCAAAGCCCUUGGAGACUCGCAACUGUGACGAAGGUCGAGGAGUUGAAGCUUCUUCUGAACAUGAUCCCCAUAUGGCUUGCUACCAUGCCAUUUGGACUUUGUAUAGCACAAGGCGGCACAUUCUUCAUCAAACAAGGUGUUACUUUGAACCGAAACAUUGCAAAUGGUUUUGAGAUUCCUCCGGCCUCCAUUUACGGUAUUGCUGCCAUAGGAAUGAUAAUCUCUGUGACCGUUUACGAGAAAAUCCUGGUUCCCUUACUAAGAAAGGCAACAGGAAAUGAACGAGGCAUCAGUAUCCUACAGAGGAUUGGUAUUGGAAUGCUAUUCUCAGUAGUUGUAAUGGUAAUUGCAGCCUUAGUUGAGAAGAAAAGAUUAGGUGUAGUGGAGAAUGAUCCCAAAAGGAGUUCACUUUCAAUGAGUGUUCUUUGGUUGGCUCCACAACUUUUCAUCCUUGGCGUUGGAGAUGGAUUUGCUCUGGUGGGAUUGCAGGAGUACUUUUAUGAACAAGUUCCAGAUUCUAUGAGGAGUUUAGGCAUUGCAUUUUACCUUAGUGUAAUAGGAGCUGCAAACUUCGUUAGCAGUUGGUUGAUGACAGUUGUUGGCCACCUAACCAGGAAGGGUGGGCCUGGCUGGUUUGGUAAAGAUUUGAACAGCAGCCGCCUGGACAAAUUCUAUUGGCUAUUGGCUGGCAUUGCUGCUGUGAACAUGUUGUUUUAUGUGUUCUUGGCUCGAACAUAUUCUUACAAAAAUGUGCAGAGGGUGGUUGUUGCAGACUGCAAUGAGGGUGAAAAUGAUGGUAUGGUUUAGGCUAAGGCUAGCUAGUGAUGAUAAAUGCCAGAUGUUGUUCGUCGGUUUAUCAUGUCUUCAAGGAUCAGUAGUAGUAGUGUUGCUUUAGUAACAAGUGAAAGUAAUCAAAUGAUCAAACUAAGUAAUGAAAUUUCUGAUUGAAGUUUAUCUAAGCACGUGUUAAAGUUCAUAUUUUGCUUUUGUAAAGUCAAAUUUCUGUUCACAUGCUAUAAAGACCCACUUCCAGAUCCCACUUUGUU